GUUGAAACGCGCUGCACGUGUAUAUUAACAGUAGAUGAGCAAUUAUAAGUUGUCUGAAAGGCACGAACGUAUUUUUGCGAUAAAAAUUAUUUGUUCCUAUCAGGUUUAAUAUUGACAGUAUUUCAAGGAUGUUUAUACAGAUUGUGUUCAUGUUUUUGCUAGGGGUCGUGUGCACCCCUUUCACGAAUGCUCAACCGAGUUUCGAAGCGUUUCUUAGAAGCAUGGGACACGGUGGAGGAGGUAUGCAAUUUCCUAGCAGACCCAGUUUUCCCGAAAUGAUUGAUAUGACGUCAUCAGCCGGAAGUGGUUCGUGCCCCUAUCAGUCACAUCCGAAUAAGUUAAAAUUCAACCAAAUGGUGAACAAUCGCAUGAUUACGCAAGACUGCGCACCGGGUACCAUGUUCGAUCUCAGUAAAUGUAGCUGCGUGAAUGCUCCUAGCGCAGCGCCGGGAGGUGGACCGCCAGUCGGAGGUGACCCCAGAAUGAGCGCCACUGGUGAUCCUAACUUCUCCCAGAUGAUGAGCAUGUUGCAGUCGUUAGGUGGAGGCUCCGGAACGCCAUUUCCAUCCUCCAUGGAUAUACAGCCUCCUCAGAUGUCGGUCCCUUUUAACCCCAUGCAAAUGCCAGGACUUGCCAUGCCUAGAGGCCUCACACUGGAUAUUGGCACAAGUUCCGCAGACCAAACAUUAGCCAACCCAAUCCAGUACAAACCGAUGCCGGCCGGGACAAAAGCUAACUCCCUAGUUGAUCCCGCCCUCCUACCUGACGUCAUCCCGCCGGAAGUGAUGCUGCUGCUUCAACAGGCACAGGUCGCCAAAUCGAGAGAGAUCGGAAAAACCAAUGGGCGAUUCCUUACCUCAAAAGUCGCUGUUACAACUACCACUCCAUCGUCGAUGGGUAACCAGGAUCGAGUGAACCAGGUUCAUGAGCAAUCAUUAACCGGUCAGCUGCCACCAGCAGUGCUUCAGAUGCUCCAACAGGCGUCUUCUCCAACCGCCCAUGGAUCGGCUCGAAACAAAGAAACUAGCGGUGAUAGUCCGGUGUUACCACAGUCUGUGUUAAAACACUUGAACGAUAUAUCGCCAGCAUCGUUUAACCAGGCACUUGCACCACAUGAGUCUGGCGGAAGUGGAAUUCCUUCGCAUAUAUUGACAAUGAUGAAUCAGUCAUUAUCACAGCCAGAAUUAAAAGUUCCACGUCCGCUCCCUACCUCACGACCAAGCGCUACAGCUACGCCACGUCCAACCGAAAAUUCGUUGACGCCAACCCAGCACCCAACAUCGCAGGCUUCUGACGGAAGUGGAAUUCAUUCGCAUAUAUUGGCUAUGAUGAAGCAGUCAUUCGCACAACCGGAAUCGAGAGUUCCGCAUCUGCUCCCUACCCCACGACCAAGCGCUCCAGUCACGCCCCGCCAAACCGGAAAUGCGAUGACGUCAGUGGAUUUUUCAGCGGACGGGAACCCAAUGGCAGUUUUGCUUGCACAACUUCAGCGACAAAUAUUCGGCGGAAUGAACUUAAAUCCAAAUUCUAAAAGUACAUCUGACCCUUUUGCGUCAUUCAUUUAGCGCACACAGUCGUCUAUUUCACCGCCUGCAGCCUCUUCCGUUGGUGGACCGGAUAUGGCGGCCUUGAUGUCGCUGCUCGGUGGCGGCGGUUCCAGUUCGCCAAAUGGCGGCGGAAAUG